UACGACAUCACCAAAAAACCCAAUAAAUCUAAACUCAAAACACAAAAAAAAAAAAAAACAAAGACAAUAAUAUAUAAUAUCUAGGCAAUGGCGGUGAUCAAUUACUCCAUCACCCUGUUGGUUCUUUUGGUUGCUGCUCUUAUGAUAUGCUCUGUUUCCGCCAACUUUCAACGAGACGUAGAGAUAACUUGGGGAGAUGGACGUGGGCAGAUCACAAACAACGGCGAUCUUCUCACACUCUCUCUUGAAAAAGCCUCAGGUUCAGGAUUCCAAUCCAAGAACGAAUAUUUGUUUGGUAAAAUCGACAUGCAGAUCAAGCUCGUUGCCGGAAACUCAGCUGGAACAGUCACCGCUUACUAUUUGAAAUCUCCUGGAUCUACAUGGGAUGAGAUUGAUUUUGAGUUCUUGGGAAAUCUAAGUGGCGAUCCUUACACACUUCAUAGCAAUGUCUUUACACAAGGCAAAGGCGAUAGAGAACAACAAUUCAAGCUCUGGUUCGAUCCCACUAAUGAUUUCCACACUUACUCUAUCCUCUGGAACCCACAACGCAUCAUAUUCUCCGUCGAUGGGACGCCAAUAAGAGAAUUCAAGAACAUGGAAUCUCAAGGAACUCUGUUUCCUAAGAACCAGCCGAUGAGAAUGUACUCAAGUCUAUGGAAUGCAGAAGACUGGGCCACAAGGGGCGGUCUCGUCAAAACCGACUGGUCUAAAGCUCCCUUCACCGCUUCCUACCGCGGUUUCAACGAAGAAGCUUGCGUCGUGGUCAACGGCCAGUCGUCAUGCCCUAACGGGUCAGAACAAGGGAGUAGUGGUUCGUGGCUGUCCCAGGAGCUAGACUCGACGGGUCAAGAACGGAUGAGAGGGGUGCAGAAUAACUACAUGAUCUACAAUUACUGUGCGGACGCUAACAGGUUCCCUCAAGGUCUUCCACGCGAGUGCUUAUCUGCGUAAAGCUUUUAAGCAACAUAUCCAAAGCCUUUAAAACUAAAUACUAUUCUUUCAUUCAUCAUAUAAACUUUUAAGUAUCAAAUGUUUAGUUACAUCUUUCUUCAUUCUAUGUGAGUAUAUGUGUAUUUAAAUGAUACAUCACCUUCCCAAUUGAA